AUGAUCAAUUCUGGGGUUUCUCCUGCCGUGACAAUGAGAAAUCUGGUUCAACAAGCAGGUGGUCCUGACAAACUACCUUUCCUUAAAAAGGACUUGUACAAUGCUUGUCAAAGAAUUUCGAAGGAAGAUAUUCCAGAUGGGGACACAGAGGCCGUGGCAUUUGGCAACGUCAAUUCCUUUGACACCACAUACAAAGUAAAUGCGUACCACAAGCCGCUUGUGGUGAUUGUCGGUGUAAAUCACCACAGUCAAAGUGUUGUUUUUGUUGUUUCUCUAGUUAGCCAUGAAAAGGAGGAGACAUUCAAGUGGAUAUUGGAGCAGUUGACUAAAGUAGGGGAUAACGUCGCUCCUCAGACUGUUUUGAUUGACGGGGACAAGAGCUCAAAAACGUUCUGCAGUGGUUUCAUGAUAUGUGUUGACAGAUGUCGUACGCCCACCGAGUUUGAGCAGGCUUGGAAGGAGCUAAUUACCACGUACGGUUAUGAGAAAGAAGUUUGGGCACAGGGACUCUACAAUGACAAGGAAAAAUGGGCAGAAUAUUUCAUGCAUGGUCAUUUCUUCGGAGGUAUGAGAAUGUUGAAAGAUAUAAGGUUCACAGAAGCAGGCCUCGACUACCAAACGAAGCACACAACUCUGAUUAUCAAAGGGGUCCUUUCAAGUGUGAAAACACAUGCUGCAACAGUGUACCCAAGGAACUCGUACGAUAUGUUAUGCAAAGAGAUGAACUACGAGUCAUCGCAUAUUUUUGUGAAGUUUAAGCAAGAUAAGACACAUUUGGAUGGGGUAACUAAUAUUUAUUGGUUGAGUAAUACUAAGUACAGGAAAGUACAGUACAUUGUAAUACACAGUGUUAAGUUCCACAAGAUGUAUUGCUGCUGCAUGAAGUUGGAAUCUGUGGGCAUUCCCUGUCGCCAUAUGUUUGCUGUAAUGAAGUACGGACGCAUGACCGAGAUACCAAGGGGUUAUAUACUUCGAAGAUGGACGAAAUAUGCCAAGGCAGGCUUGUCUUAUGGUCACACACUGGAAGAAUUUAAAGAGCAGACUGAUACUGCGUUCGUUGGUCGGUUUGCAUAUUUAAAUGGGUUGGGCAUACAAAUCUGCAGGUUGGCAACUAGAUCUUACAACGGGUCACUAUGGUUAAAGAAUUUUUUCUCGAAGGUAUUGAUUUCUCUGGAAACCCAUGAUGAGAAAGCCGAGGGAAUCCUAAGGAAAGCGACAUUGGUUAGAAUCGGUGAUCCUAAAGUUUUGCAAGCCGACAUGGGACUUAAAAAGAAAGCCUCAAAGCCACAAGAGAAAUCCAACAGUCCCGAGAAGCCGAAGUCCAUUGACCUCAACUAG